ACAGCAUGAGGCUCGUCCAAUCUUCGCCUGUUGCCGCCCCCAGCUCCCCCUAUAUCCGAUAGCUUACUAGCUAUUGCUAAAGCCCUAGAGUUUGGAGAUUUUCCUCAUUUGAUGGCCACAUUACCCAAUAAACCCUAAGUUUCUAACGUUGUCGAGGAUGGAUGAGGACCAUCGGAACGACGAGGGCAGUCCAGAAAACCACCGCACCCCUAAAAAACGAAGGCUGUCUGGGUUCAUUUCCGAAUCCGAAAUCCGCGAGGAGUUUUCUCACCAUCAGGCAGGUGUUGCCCGAAUCAACAACGGCAGCUUCGGAAGCUGCCCUCGCUCCGUUCUCGCUGCUCAAAACAAGUGGCAACUCCGGUUCCUCCAGCAGCCGGACGAUUUCUUCUACAACACGCUGCAGAAGGCAAUUCUCGAGUCACGGACUUUAAUAAAGGAUUUAAUACAUGCUGACGACGUCAACGACGUCUCUCUCGUGGACAAUGCGACCACCGCCGCUGCCAUCAUUCUCCAACGGAUUGGUCGUCGGUUUGUUCAGGGUAAGUUUCAGAAGAACGACACUGUUAUAAUGUUUGACUCUGCUUUCCCAGCUGUCAAAAAAUCCAUCCAAGCCUACGUUAUCCCAGCUGGUGGGUCAUUAGUCGAAGUUCGGCUUCCAUUUCCAGUUCAUUCGAACGAAGAGAUAAUAACCGAGUUCAAGAAAGGGCUCGAAAGAGGUAAAGCUAACGGAGGAAGAGUUAGGUUGGCAAUCCUCGACCAUAUCACUUCUAUGCCGUCUAUUGUCCUUCCUGUUCGUGAAUUAAUCAAAAUUUGUAGAGAGCAAGGAGUAGACCAGGUUUUUGUCGAUGGAGCUCACGCAAUUGGAAGCUUGCAUAUUGAUGUUAACGAAAUUGGGGCUGACUUUUAUGUCAGUAACUUGUAUAAGUGGUUUUUUUCUCCGCCGUCUGUUGCUUUUUUACAUUGUAAAAAUUCUAGUGCUAUUUUUGAUUUGCACCACCCUGUGGUUUCGCAUGAAUAUGGGAAUGGACUACCGAUUGAAAGUGCAUGGGUUGGAGCACGGGACUACAGCCCGCAACUUGUGGUGCCAUCGAUAUUAAAUUUCGUGAAUCGCUUUGAAGGUGGGAUUGAGGGAAUUAUGAAGAGGAACCAUGAGGAGGUCGUUAAAAUGGGUAGCAUGCUGGCUGAAUCUUGGGCGACAAAUCUUGGGUCACCUCCUGAAAUGUGCGCGAGCAUGAUAAUGGUGGGGUUACCCUCUAGACUAGGUGUCACGAGUGACGAGGAUGCUUUGAGGCUAAGAUCGUAUUUGAGGGACUAUCAUGGUAUCGAAGUUCCAAUUUAUUACCAGGCUCUGAGAAAUGGUGAAAGCAACUCCAAGGAUAAGGAUGGCUAUAUAACUGGUUAUGUCAGGAUUUCUCAUCAAGUUUAUAACUCAGCUGAGGAUUAUCACAAGCUUAAGAGUGCAAUUAAUCAUCUUCUUGAUGAUGGAAAAAUUUGCAAAAUGCUUCCUAAGGAGUAACGACUUAAAAGGGUAAAUUCGUUAGAUUCUUUAUUAAAUGGCCUCUAAGUAGAUUAUGUAUACGGCUUCGCAAAGUUGCUGAAAAAUAAAACUACUCUACAAGACGCUUCAGGAGAGCUCAUGGGUGUUUAGACAUUGAGAUAGAACUCUGAUGUUUUUGAGGGAUUGUUUUCUCCUGGUUACUGGCAUGGCAGGCAUAUAAAUAACUGAGUUUCUUACUUCUAAUUCACUUCAAGUGAGUUUCCAUUUCGUUUAUUUGCCCCCUCCCUGUGAGUCCUUGGCAAUGGCGUCUUGAGAACCUUUUUGGCGAAGGAUGUUUUGAUGCUAGUUAAGCUGCCGAAGGCCAAAUCCGGAUAUAACUUCUUUGUGAUAGGAGUCUGGAUAUUUUUAUCAUCUAACCAUCCUGUAGAAUUCGGUAAUUUGUGUUGCAAAUAGCUGAGGAUAUUGAAGAUGAGAUUAUCCUUCUCGGAGUGGUAGUGUAUCAAUCAUUUUUUAUAAUUUGUGCCAUCUUCUCGACGCUCGGGAAGCAUCAGUACAUUAGUAAAAGGUUAGAUACUUUUCCACAUGCGGAUCCUUUCAUGUUGAAAAUUUAGUGUUCAAGGUAGUGUGCUUUGCUCUUGGGAAGUUCGAAUCGGAUUGUUGAAUUUUUCCCUGUC